AUGGACGUCUUCCAAAAAAAGCCCCAGAACAUUGCCAUUCACACAAGCCCUUCCCACGACCUCCGGGUGGCUGACUGUGAAGUGCCCAAGCUUGCUGCGGAUGCGUGUCUAGUUCACGUUCGCGCAACAGGCAUCUGCGGAUCUGAUGUUCAUUUCUGGAAGCAUGGCCGGAUCGGCCCCAUGAUUGUGACAGGGGACAACGGCCUUGGACAUGAAAGUGCCGGUGUCGUCCUGCAGGUCGGUGACGCGGUAACCCGCUUCAAGCCCGGCGAUCGGGUGGCUAUGGAAUGUGGCGUUCCCUGCUCAAAGCCGACUUGCGACUUCUGUCGAACGGGCAAGUACCACGCUUGCCCGGAUGUGGUCUUCUUCUCUACACCUCCCCACCAUGGUACCCUGAGAAGGUACCACGCUCAUCCAGAGGCUUGGCUUCAUCAUCUCCCCGACCACGUAUCCUUCGAGGAAGGUGCUCUCCUUGAGCCUCUCACUGUUGCACUGGCUGGUGUUGAUCGCUCAGGGCUUCGUCUGGCCGAUCCUCUUGUCAUUUGCGGUGCUGGCCCCAUUGGCCUUGUCACCCUGCUGGCGGCUAACGCAGCGGGUGCGGCGCCAAUUGUUAUCACAGAUAUUGACGAGAACCGUCUUGCAAAAGCAAAGGAGCUCGUGCCCCGUGUACAGCCUAUUCUAGUCCAGAAACAGGAAACCCCACAAGAUCUGGGCGCUCGUAUCGUCAAGGAGCUCGGACAGGAGGCGAAGCUGGUCCUUGAAUGUACCGGUGUGGAGAGCAGUGUCCAUGCAGGAAUAUACGCCACUCGCUUCGGAGGUAUGGUUUUCGUCAUUGGUGUCGGAAAGGACUUCCAAAAUAUCCCCUUCAUGCACAUGUCGGCCAAGGAGAUCGAUCUGCGGUUCCAGUACCGCUACCACGACAUUUACCCCAAGUCAAUUGCCUUGGUAAAUGCAGGGCUCAUCGAUCUGAAGCCAUUGGUGUCUCACCGAUACAAGCUGGAGGAGGGACUUGAGGCAUUUGCUACCGCUAGCAACCCUGCUGCCCGAGCCAUCAAGGUGCAGAUUAUAGACGAAUAG